GCUGGAAACCAACCCUUUAACCGUGCCAUGCUCUUCAACGUUGGCUUUCGGGAAGCAAUGAAGGACUUAGACUGGGACUGCCUCAUCUUCCACGACGUGGACCACAUACCCGAAAAUGACCGGAACUAUUAUGGGUGUGGACAGAUGCCGAGGCACUUUGCAGCCAAGCUGGAUAAGUACAUGUACCUGCUCCCGUACAAUGAGUUCUUCGGGGGGGUGAGUGGCCUGACUGUCGAGCAGUUCCAGAAGAUCAACGGCUUCCCCAACGCCUUCUGGGGCUGGGGUGGUGAGGAUGACGACCUCUGGAACAGAGUGCAGUACGCAGGCUACUCGGUGACUCGGCCAGAAGGAGACACAGGGAAAUACAAAUCAAUUCCCCACCAUCAUCGGGGAGAAGUGCAGUUCCUUGGAAGGUAUGCCUUGCUGAGGAAGUCAAAAGAAAGGCAAGCCCUGGACGGCCUCAAUAACUUGAACUACUUUCCAAACGUCACGUAUGACGCCUUGUAUAAGAACAUCACUGUUAACCUGACACCGGAGCUGGCUCUGGUGACCGAAUAUUAAGAGGAGAAAAUAACUUUGCGCUGCCCUUCACCAGGAAAGCACCACGCUAGACUUUCUUUUUCAAGGGUUAUCGAGGACAAGCAACACUUUGUCUAAUGAAGGAUCACAGUAUUUUGGAGAGUGAGGCGGAACGUGCACGCACAAAUUGCCCUAGCUGUACC